CAUCUCCUCUCUGGCUCUCUCGCACCUGUGCAGCCCCCAACCACCGUCUGCUGGGAUGUCGGCCUGACCACCGCACUUGGCAGCCUCCGUGCCACGAGCACCUACUCCAAGCUUUCUCCCCCUCAUCUCCAAUACAUCUCACCGUCGUUCAGAUUUGAAACAUCGGUCAUGGCCACCUCUGCUCCGAUUUUUUGCCGUGAGAGCUGCAUCAACAAGGCAAAGAUCCAAGAGGAGGUGCUGGAACCCAUCGAUUGGGAAGCUGCAAUCAGCCACGAGUAUUUCCUUUUGCUGGAACCAGACAGCCGCAUCGCCGCCGACAUGUUUUUUGCUGGAAACAGCAUUAUUUUUUUGUUGUAACUCGUUAUUGUUUUGCUACAUCGACUACUCCAGUUUUUGCCGCCGAGAUUUUGUUGUUGUAACUAGUGGCAUUUUUGCUGGAGCUCGCUAAUUUGUUUGCUACCAUCAAUUAUUAUAGUUUUUGCUGCAGAGAAUUUUUUUUGCUGGAACCGAUUUUCAGGGAUGCUACAACCACGGCCGGAAUAUGCUGGAACCGGCCUUACAGAUUUGCGACAACCGUUUGCUGAAAAGCUGGAACCGGCUUGUGUAGAUGCUACAUCCAUGGCCGAUUUUUGCUGGAGCGGUUGCGGUUGAUGCUUCAACCAUGGCAGUUUUUUGCUGAAUGACGAGCGGCGCGUGAGGGAGAAAUGAAGGGAAGAUGCGAGAAGAGGGACGGGCAGCGGCGCCGGCAAGCCGACGAGCAGCGCUACGGGAGUUGCAAGCGGGAGGCAGGGGCGACGAGCAAGCAACCGUUGCGGGUGAAAUUGCCAUGGGGUCAUGGGGAAGAAGGAGGGUCCGUGCAUGAAGACGUAUGCCUUAAUCCUGCAGCGAGGGACGCCUGUAUCGUGCGGCUGCGCUGUGACUGGCCCAAUUUGGGCCGGUCGACCGAUUGGACGAUGACGAAUCUACUGCUGAUGGGUCAUUCUCAACAUGCUUCUCAGCCACACGGUUGCGCCAGGUUGCUGUUGAGCAGCUCGAAGAAAAGAAGGACAUUAUAAGCAGAUGCAGCUUUGGAUCCCUCUUGAAUAUCAGCUCGUUCUCUGUGCCGCAUGAUCUGCUGGACUGGGUAGUCAUGAAAAUCGACACCAAAAAGGGCCUGUUUAGAGACAUGGUGCGCAAAAUUUUCAAUGUUCCUUCUGGGUCAAGGCCAGUGGAGCUGUUGAGGAGGAAUGAGCCACACAUGUUGCGUGAACCCUAUCAAGUAGGGUCAAGGGCUCCAAUGAAGCGGUGUAUUCAAGUGCUCAAGAAUGCAGAUGUUGAUGAUGUUGUUACAAUAAACAGGUCAUGGGUUUUAUUAUGCAUCGCUCUUGUGCUAUCUCCUGGGACUGGCAACAUGGUACCCCUAGAGUAUAUUGCGAGCUUGGUGGACAUGGACAAGAUCGAUGAUUUCGCAUGGGAUGAGCACUUCUUGGCUACUGCGUUGAAGGAGGUUAAGAAGUACCAACGGAAGAGGGAGGAAGGGAGGAGUGGCUUUUGGAUCGGCGGUUGUCUGCCAAUGUUUGCGAUAAUUUAUAUGGACUUUGUUGAUGUGCCUCGGUCGUUGGUUUCUCAGCAUAGGAUUAACUACUCUCUCCCAAGGGCAUGCUUCGUAUGCAACAACGAUUUCAAGUUGGUAGAAGAAAUUGACAAGAACAAGCUCAGCCUCGAUAAGAUUGAAUUUGGAAAACAGAAUGUAAGAGCUCAUUUUUAUUGUAAGCAGAUUCCAGAGCACUUGAUACCAAUAUAUGAGAAGCACAAAAAGUUGCACGCAGUAGAAGUGAAGAAUGUUCUCUUGUCGUUCGGUCAGGUUAUCCAGUCAGUGUUCUGUAAGCGUGUAGCAUCUAUCUUGGUUGAAGCAAACUCCACCACAACAAGCACCAAGGAGCAGAUCUUCGAGGACGUUACAUUUCAUGCUCCAGCAGGCAAUGCAAGCAGUGCAGCCAACGUAGGAGCUGUAGAUCAAACCAGCGUUCCCCCCAAUACUAGCCCUGCUCCACACAUGAGUGUUGUAGCACAACAACCUGGGGAUGACAGGGAAGUUGCAGGUGAUCCCGAUAGCAACCAGAGUGGCAAUUAUCAGGACAUUGGUUUGGAUAAAAGGUAGAGUUGCGAUACACUUAGGAAGGAAGAUGUGCAGCUUGGUGAGGAUAAGUGGGAACGGGAGGAGGUGGCUGAAGAUGUUGUGGGAGAUUUGAAAGUUUCAGGCGCUAAUGACGAGGUUGAGAGAGCUAUCAUUUUAUCACAGGGUACGGUGGCCGCCUUGUUAGUGUUAGAGUUUGAACCGUUUAUCUCAUGUAAUCUCAAACCUAUCUCUAUCUCUUUCAUCUCCCGUAGCUAUCUCUAUCUCCUAAACCGAACCAGAUCGGUAUUCUCUCUGGACUUGUACGCUACGGCAAGGCUCUUUCGGCCUCAAUAUAAAUACAUACGAUGCGGCUC